CAUCUCAAAAAAAAAAAAAAAAAAACCCAUAUAUUCAGGAAAAGAAUCAAGGAGUAACUCGGAGGUGGCGGGGCUGUUUGGUAGGUGUAGGCUGGACACUGUGCUGUGCUGUAUUUUGUGUCACCAUACGAGAAAAGGAAUAUGGUACUCCGGUAUCAGCCGGUGACUUUUGUCAGCUCUUUAUCUCAGGACCUAGAAAUGCCACAUGGAAUGAGACCCAGAGCAAGGAGGAGAGGAAGGAUGUUGGAAAAUUAUAGCCAAAGCCUUGGGCAAUACUAGGGCUGGCUGGUGCAGGUAAGAGUUCACCCACUGUGGGAAGCCUGGGCCUCAGAAAGGAUUUUCAAAAGGAAGGAAAAGAGAUUAGCAGAGAAGACGAAUUUCCCCUGACUCACAGUUUUGCCUGCCACUGGCCAUUUUAAUGACAGCAGUAGGCAAAACCACCCUUCCAUAGUGAAACCCUCAUUACCUGUACUUCGUUGAAUGGAUGCUCUUUUGAAUGAAAAUCAAGAUAUGAGGGCCAGGCACGGUGGCUCAUGCCUGUAAUCCUAGCACUUUAGGAGGACGAGGAGGGGAGAUUAUGAGGUCAGGAGAUCGAGACCAGCCUGGCCAACAUAGUGAAACCCCCAUCUCUACUAAAAAUACAAAAUGUGGUGGCACAUGCCUGUAGUCCCAGCUACUCGGGAGGCUGAGGCAGGAGAAUCGUUUGAACCCAGGAGGCAGAGUUUACAGUGAACUGAGAUCGCGUCAUCGUACUGCAGCUUGGGUAACAAAGCGAGGCUCCAUCUCAACAACAGCAAAAAAAAAAAUCAAGAUGUGGGAAAGUCUCCAGAGAUGGCUUUUUAGGGAAUAGGUCAGAAGGACGAAGUAUCCUGGUGUGAGUCACCUGAGGGCCUUGUGUAGCUUCCCUGAAUGUGUUGGAAAACACAGGGAGGAAACCGUCUUUCCUAGAUUUCCCCUUGCUUUCAGAUUUACACGCGCUCCCUAAAGCCAAGGUGCUUCUGGUCAGCAGUAGAAAGAAAAAGAACUGUUCUCACCAAGGAAAUCUAAAAGUUGCUGUGAAACUGGUGUAGGUGUGUCUGUUUGUCCUUCCGGUUCUUUUUAUAGAGACUGCAGGGACCUCGGUGAGAGCCUAUGGUUCUUCCGCCCAUUUAGGGAGAGAUUAAAGAAGCUGAGGUUGGCUCUUUCUUACUCAUUGGCAGUUACAACCUCACCAACACUACAGCCUCGGCUUCCAGAGUGGACACGGAGAAGGGCAUCAGAAAACCAUUCUCGCGAGGUCCACACCUGUAAGUCACCAUGUACCAGGACUGCGUCGAGUCCACCGGAGACUAUUUUCUUGUCUGUGACACGGAGGGGCCAUGGGGCAUCAUCCUGGAGUCCCUGGCAAUACUUGGCAUCGUGGUCACGAUUCUGCUACUCUUGGCAUUCCUCUUCCUCAUGCGAAAGAUCCAAGACUGCAGCCAGUGGAAUGUGCUCCCCACCCAGCUCCUCUUCCUCCUGAGUGUGCUGGGGCUCUUUGGACUUGCUUUUGCCUUCAUCAUCCAGUUCAAUGAACAAACUGCCCCGGUUCGAUACUUUCUCUUUGGGGUUCUCUUUGCUCUCUGUUUCUCGUGUCUCUUAGCCCAUGCCUCCAACCUGGUGAAGCUGGUUCGAGGUCGCGUCUCCUUCUCCUGGACGACAAUCCUGUGCAUUGCCAUUGGCUGCAGUCUGUUGCAGAUCAUUAUUGCCACUGAGUACGUGACUCUCAUGAUGACCAGAGGUAUGAUGUUUGUGCAUAUGACACCCUGCCAGCUCAAUGUGGACUUCGUUGUACUCCUGGUCUAUGUCCUCUUCCUGAUGGCCCUCACAUUCUUCGUCUCCAAAGCCACCUUCUGUGGCCCGUGUGAGAACUGGAAGCAGCAUGGAAGGCUCAUCUUUGUCACUGUCCUCUUCUCCAUCAUCAUCUGGGUGGUGUGGAUCUCCAUGCUCCUGAGAGGCAACCCACAGUUCCAGCGACAGCCCCAGUGGGAUGACCCAGUCAUCUGCAUUGGCCUCGUCACCAACGCAUGGGUUUUCCUGCUGCUGUACAUCGUCCCUGAGCUCUGCAUUCUCUACAGAUCGUGCAGGCAGGAGUGCCCUUUACAAGGCAAUGCCUGUCCCGUGGCAGCCUACCAACACAGCUUCCGAGUGGAGAACCAGGAACUCUCCAGAGCCCGAGACAGUGAUGGAGCUGAGGAGGAUGUAGCAUUAACUUCAUAUGGUACUCCCAUUCAGCCGCAGACUGUUGAUCCCACACAAGAAUGUUUCAUCCCACGGACUAAACUGAGCCCCCAGCAAGAUGCAGCAGUAUAAAUCUACAGGAAACACGAGUAGAGAAAACCCAGCAGACCCUCCUGGGUAGCAGAGCCGUGAUGGGCCACUGGGGCCCACAGAGUCACGCUGCCAACGAAGAGUCAGCACAUCCCUCCUGCUGUUUCCUGACCCUCCAUCCUCCUGGACCCUCCACCAGAAGACUGCCCUUUCGAGCAUAAUUACAAUCUUGCUGGCCACCCUA